CAGCACAGCACAGCACAGCGUCGGAAAUUCGAGCUGAUAUAUCCAUUCCCCUGCUUCUUGACAGCUAGCUAGCUGCGUCCAUGGAGAGCAAUGCCUGCGCUGCUGCUCUGCUCGCCGAGCUCAGCCAAGCCAAGGAGCUGCUCAAGGAGCUGGAGUUAAAUCUGCAUUGCCUUGACCUCUGCAAGGCUCUAACUCCCAGGAUCGCUUCCUCCAUCCACAACUCGUUUCUCAUGGCCGAAUCCUUCAGCACUAAAGCCGGCCACGAUCAGUCUCUGUUCUCCUCGCUCGCCCUGCGACCUCGCACCUUGACGCCCAGAAGAAGGCACGUGCUUCGUAUUCACGCAGUACUGACCCACAUGGCCGUGAAGCCGACCGACGAUGAAGGAUUAAUUCUCUGGUUUCAAUUGCAGGAUGUCGCUGCUGCGAUCAUGGAGGUGCCAGGUGAGGCUGAGCUCGGUGUCCGGCGGAGUGAAAGGCCAGGGGGAGGGCGACGGCUUCACAUGGAGGAAGUAUGGCCAGAAAGAGAUUCUCGGAGCUAAAUAUCCAAGGGCCUAUUUCCGGUGCGCUCAUCGGGCCUCGCACGGAUGCCCCGCGAAGAAGCAGGUGCAGCGAUCGGACGACGACCCCUCGGUCCACGUCGUCACCUACCAUGGGGACCACACUUGCCUCGAGCAGCACGAUCAGGAACAGAGUGCGGCGGCGCUGAAAGUUGGAGAGGAGGAGUACUUUGUGGGGCAGAUUGCGCCUUCCUUUGGGCCCAUGGAGGAGCAGUUUUUCUCUUCUUCGCCGUACCAGUUUGGGGGCUUUCAUGGAGCAGAGAGCAGUUGGCUUCCAAUGGAGUUUGACAGAGACGGGGAGAUCGACCCUGCCAGCAUCUGGGCAGGAGUGGAAUGGAUGUCAUAGUGUGUGAUUAGAUUGCAGACAUUGGUGAAAUUGUGGUGUUGGUUGCUGGAUUGUUGUUUAAACUGAGAAAAAAAAUAGUAAAGCAUUAUGUAAUCUUAUAAUUCCAUGUAAUCAGUUCCUCUAGUGAUUCAUCCUUUUAGCCGAAUAGACGAUGAUAUCGUUGUAAAAUUCUGGUAACGAUGAUAACGUUGUAAAA